UAUUUUCAGUACGAAUUUUGCCGCUCACGAAUUCAUAUCAUUUAUUGCUUUUAAAAACUCGCUUUCAUAAAAUAAAGUCAAAAAUGGUAUCACAAUUGUAUGUGAUAUUAGGAUUAUUUUUCUAUGCAACUUUGGCAAGUUGUUGUAGAAAAGGACGAAGCUGGGAGGGGAAUUUAUUUUUCCACGAUGACUUUGAUGGAUUUGACGUAAAAAGGGAUCACUGGACAUAUGAAGAGUUUUGUCACGGGAAAGGACAAGGCGACACAAACUUGGAAUGUUUUUCAGAUUCGGAUGAAAAUGUGCGAGUGUGGAAUGGAACCUUAAUUCUUACAACCCUUUACAAACCACUGUCCGAAAAGAGAUUAUUCUCGAGGCAAAAAAACUUUACUUCCGCCCGACUGACGACAACUGGACGCGGUUUUACUUAUGGAACGUUCGUCGUCUCGGCUCGCUUACCGAAGGGAAAGUCUCUGUUUCCCUCUAUUUGGCUAGUUCCGGCCUACAAGGAUCACGACAACUGCAAAUAUGAAGAGAUUGAAAUUGUGCAAGGUAGAGGUGAGAAAACAUCGAAUCUCAUAUUUUCUGCAAGUUUUGGGAAACAUUGGAACUCGGUUGUCACGAAAAGAGUUGAGAAAGCGUUUCCUGGGAUCGACUUUAGCGAAUCUUUCCACGAGGUUGCCUUUAGUUGGAAGCCAAAACGGAUGGAGUGGUACGUGGACGGAAUUUCAGUCUUCACAGCUUCCACACAUUUUUACUCUGACUGGAUUUUGAGUGAUGAGACUAAUGUGCCAUGCAGUCGUGAUAAAUCUCUCUUUAAACAACCAUUUCAACUGACAAUGAGCAUGUCGGUGGGUGGAGCUGCAGAGCUACUUCAUAGUCAAGACACACCGCUAACCCCCGAUGAAGCGAUGCGUUGGGAAAAACCAAUUUUUGAAAUUGAUUGGGUGAAAGUGUAUCAACAGGUGUAGAUGUUAAUUAACGAGCAUGUGCAGUUAUGUCGGUAAUGUUAUAAGUUAUAUUAUUUAGAAGAUUAUCCAUAAAUGUUACAUGAAUUAUGAUUACAAGAUAAAUGUACAAGUAAUAUAUUCAAAA